AUGGCGAUGAAAGAAUUCGACGUUGUGGUGGGAAUGGAUUGGUUAGCAGAGAAUCGGGCAAAAGUCUUUCCAGAAGAUUUAACUGGUCUACCGCCAGAUAGAUCUAUCGAGUUUAUCAUAGAUCUGGUACCUAGGGCAGCACCAGUGGCAAAAGCACCGUACAGGAUAGCACCGUCGAAGUUAAAGGAAUUGGUCACACAGUUGAAAGAUCUUCUUGACAAAGGAGUGAAGGUUGGUCCUGCUAAGAUUAAAGCAGUAGAGAAAUGGGAGGCACCGAGAACUCCUUCGGAGAGGGGGAAAGUAAUUGCGUAUGCAUCCAGACAACUGAAGGAUCAUGAAAAACAGUAUCCAACACAUGAUAUGGAGCUUGCAGCCAUAGUUUUUGCUCUGAAGAUUUGGAGGCAUUACUUGUUGGCAGAUGCUUUGAGCAGAAAGGAGAAGAGUGGUACGAUCAGGGCUGUGGCUAUGAGAAUGAAUCUUUUGCUAGAUCUUCAUGAUGAAAUUGCAAAAUUUCAGGAGGAAGCUAUUAAAGAAGAUUUCGAGGGAUUGUGGGAAGAUCAUCUGCCGUUAAUUGAAUUCGCCUACAACAAUAGCUACCAUUUCAGCAUUCAGGCGACACCAUAUGAAGUUCUAUAUGGUCGUAAGGGUAGAACACCGUUGUGCUGGAAUGAAGUAGGUGAAAGAAAAUUAAUAGGGCCGGAAAUUGUUCAAGUCACUUUUAAGAAGAUUGAGCAAAUCAGAGAAAAGAUUAAAAUAGCUCAAGACCGUCAGAAGAGCUAUGCUGAUAGACGUCGUAAAAAGAUUGAAUUAUUUGUAAGAGAUUAUGUGAUGUUGAAAGUCUCGCCAUGGAAAGGGAUAGUCAAAUUCGGUAAGAAAUGUAAGCUCAGUCCAAGAUACAUCGAGCCAUUCAGAAUCUGCAAGCGAAUAGGAAUGGUUGCGUAUCAGUUGAAGUUACCAGAGGAACUUAGUUUUAUUCAUAACACUUUCAAUGUGUCUAAUCUGCGGAAGUGUUUGGCAGAUUCGAGUCUGGCAGUGCCUCUACCAGUAGUCAGGCUAAACAGUAAGUUGAAUUUUAUAGAAACACCAGAAGCAAUAACUGAUCGAAAAACCAAGGUUCUGCGGAAUAAAUAA